AGGUCAGUGCGGCCAGCAGCACUGCGCCAGCGAGGCCAGUGCCUGCUGCAAGCAGGAUAGGUUUGGUGGGUCCAGCAUGGACCAGAGGUGAAAUGGAGAGGCCUGCGGGCACCCAAGACAUGGGGACCUACAAAACCCUCGUGUACACGCCAGAGCAGCAAGAACGGCUAGGCGUGGAUGCAAAUGGAAACCCAGCGGCAAAGACAGCGGAGGAAGUGCCUGUGGCAGCCAAAGCCAGCAGUCCAGCGCCGAUGCCCGCUGCGCCAGCUGGAAGACCUGGAAAUCCUGGAAGAAUAGGGCUGGCCGGCCCUGCCUGGACCAGAGGCGAAAUGGAGAGGCCUGCGGGUACCAAAGACAUGGGCGGCUGGAAAGCCUUAGUCUAUACGCCCGAACAGCAGGAACGCUUAGGUGUGGAUCAGGACGGGAAACCUGUGACAAAGCCAGUCGAGGAAAAACCCGUGAAAGCUGGAAGUAAGGGGCCGCAACCCAUUACUGCCGAGUAUGCUGCAGCACUUCUAAACUCUGACAAGCUUCUGUCAGACAUGUGCAAGAAGUACUUUCGCAAGUACGACAGCAACAAGGACGCUUUCUUGGAGUCGGAGGAGAUUGUGACUUUGUGCCAGGACUUGCAUUCAGGCCUGGGCAUUGAUCUCACAGAUAAGGACAUCGAAGAGUCCAUGAAGCCCUACUCCGGAGGAAAGGAAGCUGGACUGAAGGAGGAGGAUUUCUCCAGUUGGUUUGCCCAGAUCCUGCAGGACACAGUGAAGAAGUCUCAAGUAUCGAAUGGCAAAGCAACAGAGCAACCGGCCGAGUUGACGGAACUCACAGUCAAGUCGCUCAACGGAGGAGAAACCACCUUGAACGUUGAGGGCUCCAGCGCCGUGGCGGAGCUGGCGAAACGCGCCGCAGCGCUGCUGGAUUUGCCUGUGGCCAAGACGAAGAUCGCCUGUGGCGGCGAGGUCUUGGAUGAGAUGACCUCGAUUGCAUCUGCCAAGCUCGAUGCCAGCUCUGAUUUGACUGCAGUGGUGAUGAAUUCCAUCAAGGUGAGACGUCACGUAUACCAGGGGCGUGGAGGGGCUCCACCGUACCGGGGGUUUCACUUGGUCGCCACCGAUGAGGUGGAGCUAGAACCGGGCAAAAAGCUUGGUGAGCAAUGGACUAAGAUGGUGCCUGAAGACGGAUAUCCCGGCCCAUCGGGUUAUCAAGUCUUCCCUUUUGCUUUUCAGUCCACACCGAGUUUCAAAGUGCCCGAGAAAUGGGAGGGCGGCAUGAAUGAGGUCAAAGUGGAGCAAGACAUUUUUCCCGAGGAUGUCUUUGGUGUGGAUGGUGAAGUUGAGCUGGCAGUGCUUCUCCCAAUGCGGGGUAUGGAUUGACAUGGUACAGUCGGAGAAAA